GUCUCUGCCCCAUCCCCACACCCGUGACCUGCCCUCCCCUACUCUGCAGGGCGUGGCGAGGCCAUGCGCAUGCUGCUGGCCGACCAGGGCCAGAGCUGGAAGGAAGAGGUGGUGUCCUUAGAGACCUGGCAGCAGGGCUCACUCAAGGCCUCCUGUCUGUAUGGGCAGCUCCCCAAGUUCCAGGACGGAGACCUCACCCUGUACCAAUCCAAUGCCAUCCUGCGUCACCUGGGCCGCACCCUCGGGCUCUAUGGGAAGGACCAGAAGGAGGCAGCCCUGGUGGACAUGGUGAACGACGGCGUGGAGGACCUCCGCAGCAAAUACAUCGUCCUCAUCUACACCAACUACGACACAGGCAAGGAUGAUUAUGUGAAGGCACUGCCUGGACACCUGAAGCCUUUUGAGACCCUGCUGUCCCAUAACCAGGGAGGCCAGGCCUUCAUCGUGGGCAAUCAGAUCUCCUUCGCUGACUACAACCUGCUGGAUCUGCUGCUGAUCCAUCAGGUCCUGGCCCCCCGCUGCCUGGACACAUUUCCCCUGCUCUCGGCCUAUGUGGCACGCCUCAGCGCCCGGCCCAAGAUCAAGGCCUUCCUGGCCUCCCCUGAGCACGUGAAACGCCCCAUCAAUGGCAAUGGGAAACAGUGAGGGCUUGUGGGACCCUCAGGAGGAGCAGGGGCUGCUUGCCUCCCUUUCCCCAGGACCAAUAAAAUUUCCAAGAGGGAAA